UUGUUUUGAAACCAACUCACUCAGAUUAACGUUGCAAUGUGCCCUCAGUCCACACGCUCCAGUGCUGCUUGAAUACUCCUCUGGGAGACGUCCAGUAGGUGUUGGAGCGGACCGAGUGCUUACACUGUAGGAUCAUGGGAAAGUAGAAGAAGUUGUAGAUGGAAAAGGCCGACCAUGAGGAGGUUUUUCCAUGUGCAGAGGGAUGAAGACUACAGUCAGAUCCAGUAUCUGACAGCCAAGUGCACGCAUUUGGCUCGAGACAAAGCUGUGUCAGACAGGGAGUUUCUGUUGUCUAGGGAAAGAGAGAAGAAGCUGCAGAAUGACUUCCAAGCUGUGGCUGCUCAACUUUUCCACCUGGAGAAGAGCAACGUGGAGCUCAGGAGGACACAGGACCAGCUUAUUGGCACGAUCCAACAGCAGCAGGAGUUGGUGGAGUGGCUACAGCAGCGUGUGGUUUUCCUGGCGGGGGAGACUGAGCGCGAUGCCGAGCUGCUGCGUCAAGUGUGCUCAGAGCUGCUGUGCCUUCAGAGCUCUGAGGCGCAGCUGGAGGGCCUGGCGGAGGAGCUGCACGCCAAGGCCCUGCUACAGCAGCGCAGGGAGGCCGAGAGCCUCGGGGCGGAGCUGCACCCCGAGGACCACCGUGGCGAAGCGCUGACUGAUGGCCUCCAGGCGGACCUGGAAAUUAAGACUGCAGAGCUGGAUCAGCUUCGAGACGCCAACAAGAAGAUGGCGGCGGAGCUGAUGGAUUUGCGCUUUGCACACGAAGAACAGGUGAGAGCUCUGCGAUGGGAGAAUGACAGCGGUGCGAGGAAGCUCCAGGAAACGCUGGAGCAGUUUGAAUGGCUGUGUCAGCAACAGCGCUACUGGAUGGCGUGCGUCAAGAGCUUCAAAGACUGCUUUAUGGGGGAAAGAGAAAAUCUGCUUCAGCAAGUCCGCACGCUGGAAAGAAAGGCCAAACAAUGGAAGAAGUCAAACGAUCACAGGCGCCGAUCACACUGCCUUCUACAGGACUACGACUGCUCUAACAGGCAGGGAGUCCUAUCAACAGAUACCAAAAACCUCGUUGAGGAUUAAAAGGUCUGCAACCAGGACGUCUCUUCUGCAAAGCACACUGCGGAAUACAGUGGAAGCAGCAAAGAAGAACAAAAACAUUACACUUUGUAGUUCGAGCACAAUUGUUUGGCAGGAAUUAACAUUACCUGUACAGUGAAUAGUUCUAUUUUAUGAGGGUGAAUUAGUGAAUUAUAUUAUUUCUUUUGGGAAAAAAAUGUUUUAUAUCUAUAACAGCAUCUAUUCAUAUAGUUUAAAGACAAUAAUCUGCAUUAACAAAUAACACAAAAUUAUGAACAGUCGCACAUGCCCAUCACGUGUGCCCGAGCCUCUUCACAUGGGUCACAUGCUCCUGUAAACUAUUCUGACCUUGUAAUCAUCUCUGCUAACAAGAGCAGGAAGACACCUGAGAAUGUUAUUGAGUAAGAAAAUCCAUGCCGGGUAGCAGCACCUGGUGCACAGAGAAGGACAUAAACAAAUUGUUGUGGUCCUGAAAGAGCCUCUAAUGAUCCUUCCCCCUGCUGAGAAUUUGUUACGACUUAACUGAUGAUGCCAUCCGUUCAGUUAUCGCUUCCCCUUCUCCACUGGAAUCUUUUGAAGUUGACUUUAAUUAAGGUUUUCUGCCAAGUUGGCCUGACAUUGCAAGCUUUUGUACGCCAGGACACUAAAUUGUCCCCUUCAGCCAGUGAUCAUCGGCGGCGCUAUGGGAAAUUAUCCAGUUCCACCUCAUUUGUGAGAAAAAUAUUAUUUCUUAAUUACAAAUAUAUCGCUGUCUCUAUCUCUAUCUAUGCCAGUGACGUAGAGUGAAAGGCAGAACAAUGAAAUGCUUUUCCAUUUGGUGGCGGAAGGCAUAGUAUACCUGGAUAUUCACCUGUUGCCAUUCAUACAACAGAAUACGUACAGUAAGUCAUGACUUCCUGCGAGUGUAUGAGCUUUGUGUUCAAAAACACAGACUACACAUUUUUACUGAGUAAGUCAAUUUGUGGGUAAAUUGAGAGGCGAUCAUCAUUAUUUUUAUUUGGUGGUGUGCGGUGAGAUUUUUCUUGUGUAAAACGGAUGCCAUGGCUCAAUAAAGGUUGGCAAAUACUGCCUCAAAAGUCAUCUUUAGAGUUUGUUUAUCCAAUUAUCUACCUUCCUAAUUAGUGACCUGCUGUAUAUAGCUAGCUACCUGCUAAUUAGCCCCCUACUUACCUACCUUUCAAGCUAGCUACUUACCUAUCAAGCUAGCUACCUAUCUAGCUAUCAACGUUCCUACGCAUCUACCUACCUAACUUACUUAAUUACCUUACUAACUAACUAACUAACUAACUAACUAACUAACUAACUGUGGAACGUGUGUGGAUUUGUCCCCGCUUUCUGUGAGUCGAGUAAGUAAAACAAAUAAAAUAAAAAAUAAAAAAAUCACUGGAUUCAUUUGGA